AUUUGUAGGCUGAUCGCGACAAUGAAGGUGUCGGUGCAGGACACCAGUAACAAGGUCAUCAAGCAUAUCCAGUUCAGUCUACUCAAGCCACAGGAUGUGGUCAAGAUUUCAGAGUUCGAGAUCCCACACCAUGACUUGUAUACCCGAGGGACACGAGACCCGGCACCUAAUGGAGUCCUAGACAGAAGAUUAGGUGUGAUCGACAAGACCUCGGUUUGUGAGACUUGUGGACAGACGGCACAGACCUGCGUCGGACAUUAUGCGUAUAUCAAGCUCACUCUCCCGGUAUUUCACGUCGGAUACUUCAAGCAUGUCAUCUCUAUUCUUCAAUGUAUUUGCAAGACUUGCUCUCGCGUUAUGCUAGAAGAAGCCGACCGACGCAAGUUUCUCCGCCGUUUCCGUCGUCCUGGACUUGAGAACCUUCAGCGACAAGCGACCUUCAAAGCCGUCAAUACCCAAUGCCGGAAGGUUACCUACUGUCCUUAUUGCAUGAGCACGAACGGCAUUGUCAAGAAAGCAAAGAAGGACAUCAAGAUUGUCCAUGAGAAAUUUCGCUCGAAGAAGACGGAGGAUGAGCGCCUGAAGUGGAGGGAGGGGUUCAAUAAAGCUAUCGAAUAUCAGAAGGACCUGGCACCGCAUAUAGCCAAAGCUGUCGAGGACAUGCACCCCUUACGAGUGCUGACGUUAUUCGAGAACAUAACAGACGAAGACUGCGAGUUGCUUGGCAUGCAUCCUGAACAUGGCCGUCCAGAACAAUUCAUUUGGCAUUACAUCUCUGUCCCUCCUGUGGCGAUUCGGCCGUCCGUACAACAGGACGGGGCCAGCAACGAAGACGAUCUUACUGUGAAGUUGACGGAAAUUGUCUUCUGCAAUGCCCUCAUCCGGGAAGGGCUGCGCAAAGGCAACGCGACGUCGAACAUCAUGGAGAACUGGGACUUCCUGCAAGCUGGUGUGGCAUUGUACAUCAACUCUGAGCAGCCCAACCUCUCCCCGGCAUAUGUGCAGAAACCUAUCCGAGGUUUCUGCCAACGUCUCAAGGGCAAGCAAGGUCGUUUUCGAGGUAAUCUGUCCGGAAAACGUGUCGACUUCUCAGGGCGAACCGUUAUCAGUCCGGAUCCUAACCUUCGUAUUGAUGAGGUCGCUAUCCCCAAACGAGUGGCAGUCAAAUUGACAUAUCCUGCUCGUGUAAAUGAGUACAACAUCGAAUCACUACGGCAGGCAGUGCGGAACGGUCCUCUCGAGUGGCCCGGAGCGAACUUCGUCCAGAGUGGCGCUCCUGGUUCAUUCGGAUUGGGUGGAGGGAUCAAGCGAUUCUUGAUGUACGCAAACCGAUUUGAGGUGGCCGACAGGCUACAAGUUGGAGACGUUGUCGAACGACAUCUGAUUGACGGCGAUGUCAUUCUUUUCAAUCGACAACCGAGUUUGCACAAGCUCUCGAUCAUGUGUCAUCGGGUCAAGGUACGGCCAUGGCGGACAUUCCGUCUGAAUGAAUGUGUCUGUGGACCAUACGGUGCUGAUUUCGACGGCGACGAGAUGAAUAUUCAUGUACCUCAAACGGAAGAAGCGCGAACAGAAGCGCUAGAGCUGAUGAGCGUGAAGAAAAAUCUCGUGACACCACGUAAUGGAGAACCCGUCAUUGCCGCUACCCAAGAUUUCGUUACCGCCGCCUAUCUUCUAUCCAAUCGAGAUACCUUCUAUGAUCGACGCGCCUUCACUCAAAUCUGCACAUACAUGGCAGAUGCGCUGGAAGAUAUUGACCUGCCGCCACCGACAAUAUGGAGACCAGAAUGUUUGUGGACGGGAAAGCAAAUUUUCAAUGUUCUCAUGCGACCCAACAGCAAGAGCCGCGUUCUGGUCAAUGUGGAAAGUCCUUGCAACCGAGGAGAGAAGCCAACGGCACGUUAUUACCCUUUAUCUCUGCGUACUUUGAAACCCGGCCGUUCUGGGGACCCACAGUUCUCUUUCGCCGAGCUUGAGCGACAGGCAGAAGAAGCCGAGAAAACGGGCAAGAUGAAAGAUGACCCUUAUGCCGACUUUUGCCAGCCUCUUCCUAUGGACCUCUCUCCGAACGACGGAUGGCUUGUCAUCGUCAACAGCGAAAUCAUGUGCGGUGUCAUGGAUAAGGCCACGGUGGGGAGUGGCAAAAAGAAAUCCGUUUUCGGAGCUAUGCUGCGCGAUUUUGGGCCGGAUGCGGCAGCUGCGGGGAUGAACAGGCUUGCGAAGCUUUGCGGAAGAUGGUUGUCCAACUUUGGCUUCUCGCUAGGAAUCAGCGAUGUCACGCCCGGAGCCGAGCUACGUGCUCGCAAAGAAAAGAUGGUCGUCAAGGCGUACGAUGAUUGCACUGAGCUUAUACAGCAAGCAAAGCUGGGCAAACUGGCCAAUAAACCCGGCUGUGAUCAAGACCAGACACUAGAAGCAUCCAUCUCCAGCAUUCUGUCCAAGGUCCGAGAGAGCGUGGGUGACAUUUGUAUGAAAGAACUCAGCAUACACAACGCUCCCCGUCUCAUGUCCAUAUGCGGCUCGAAAGGCUCCGUGCUCAAUGUCUCGCAGAUGAUUGCCUGUGUCGGACAGCAGAUUAUCGGGGGUAAGCGUGUGCCCGACGGGUUUCAGGAACGCUCGCUUCCUCACUUCCCAAAAAAGUCACGCGAGCCCCCUUCAAAAGGCUUCGUCAGCAACUCAUUCUACACUGGUCUGCGGCCCACUGAAUUUCUUUUUCACGCCAUUUCCGGCCGUGAGGGUCUAGUUGAUACGGCUGUCAAGACGGCCGAAACAGGCUACAUGCAGCGGCGACUGAUGAAAGCACUAGAAGAUCUAGUGACUCACUACGACACCUCUGUGCGCACGUCCAGUGGAGGGAUCGUGCAGUUCCGCUUUGGGGACGAUGGGCUGGACCCAGGGUGCCUGGAGGGCCAGGCCCAGCCUGUAGACUUUGAUCGAGCUUGGAUGCACGCGGGAGCGAUCACCGCACGCGACGGACGGGCACUCCUCCCAUUCGAGAUCAUGGAUUUGACGAACGAGAUCCUCCAGAGGCGUAAAUUCAAGACGGAGUGCUCGACGCAAUAUCUCGAUAGCUUGCGCGCCUACAUCCAAGCCAUCGCACGCCAUCUCGGAAAUGUGAGGCAGGAAUAUAAGAUGUACGAUGCUGUUGACCGGGACGAUGACUGGGACGCGGACACGGACCUCUCGCUCGGGGCGGGCGAGAAGGAACAACAGGCGCUCGAGAAUAGGAUCAAGAUCACUUCUGCACAUGUGGAGAGUUUCCUCAACACGUGUUGGGCGAAGUACGUCAAGAGCAAGAUCGAGCCUGGGAGCACUGUUGGCGCCGUGGGUGCACAGUCGAUCGGUGAGCCCGGAACGCAGAUGACGCUCAAGACGUUCCAUUUCGCCGGUGUGGCGAGCAUGAACGUCACUCUCGGAGUACCCCGGAUCAAGGAGAUCAUUAAUGCUGCCAAAGUAAUCAGUACUCCCAUUAUCAGUGCGAAGCUUGUGGAGCGAAAAAACGAGACCGCCGCGAGGAUCGUCAAAGGACGGCUGGAGAAGACGUAUCUUGGAGACGUGGCAAGCGUGAUUGAGGAAGCAUGGGCGGGCGAGUAUACCUAUAUCGGGGUACACCUCGACAUGGAUGCGAUACGCAAGCUUCAGCUUGAGCUUACGAUCGAGGACGUCAAGCGUGCAAUUGUGAACUCAAGUAAGGUCAAGGUCAAGGAUGGGAAUAUAACGGUCGACUCUCGGAAGAACAGACUCAAAAUCUUCUUCGACAGUGGAGAGUUCAAGUACUACGAACUCCGGGCAACCAAGCGCGUAUUGGCCGAUAUCGUGGUCAAGGGUUCAUCUCAGAUCCAGCGUGCGGUGAUCAACAAGAUUGAGAAGGACAAAUCGCCCCGCGGGAAGCCGGGAGAGAACGAGCUGCUUGUAGAAGGAUACGGCCUGUUAGAGGUGAUGACGACAGAGGGUGUGGUGGGUGAGGAGACGACGGGAAACCAUGUGAUCGAGGUGGGGAAGGUGUUGGGCAUUGAGGCUGCCAGGAGCACGAUCAUACACGAGAUUCAGUAUACCAUGGAGAACCACGGGAUGAAUAUCGAUCCCAGGCACGUGAUGCUUCUUGGGGAUGUGAUGACCUACAAGGGUGAAGUUCUCGGCAUCACGCGAUUCGGGGUAGCCAAGAUGAAAGACAGUGUACUGAUGCUCGCUUCGUUCGAGAAGACGACUGAUCACCUGUUCGAUGCCGCUGCGUACGGAAAGAGCGACGCCAUCCUGGGUGUGAGCGAGAGCAUCAUCAUGGGUAACCCGGCGAACAAUUGCGGGACGAGCAUGCCUGCACUUGUUACACCUGCACCGGUAUUGCCGAAGCGUCGGGCGCUGUUAUUUGAGGCUGCUGUCAGGGGUUGAGGGCAUUCUACAUGUAUUGGUAUUCGACAUCCAACAGGGAUAGAAGAUAUGGACGACAUAGCACGUUCAUGGGGAAGGUGAUGUCACUACCUUUUUUUCUGCCCUUUUUGGUAGCGUGUUGUUGUAUUCUGUAAGGUGAAUGACUUUGCAUCAUGACGACCUCGCCAAUCGCAUC